AUGGUGGCCAAUGUCGGUGCAAUCACCCCGACUAAUGUGGAGGCGACGGCAUAUAUUAGCGCCGUAGCGGCGUUCGCCCUGAUCCUGCUGGUGGUGCUACUGUUCCUCGGAAGGCGCUGGUGCUACUCUGCGGUAUUCGGUCGCAAGUGUUGCGAUAACAUCCUCACUGUAAAUGCUGCUCUCACUUCUCCCGGACUCCCUCUCGACAAUGCUCAAUUUGAUGCUUUGUCGAAACCGAACCAUUACCCUGAACGUAUAUUCACGUUCGAGGCCUCCGACUCUGACGAGGAGCUGCGCUUGCGCAUACAGCAGAAUAAGGAGGAGGUGGAAUGUAGAUACGAGGAGAAAAAUGAAAACCAAAACCACAACCAGGCAAAAGUCGAAGUAGAGGUGAUAGAGAAGGCUCUUCGCGAGACCAGUCUCCGGGAAACGAAGAUAGAUGAGGUGGUGCCACAACGAGCAGAGUACAUACACACGUUGGAGGCUCAGAGCAGUGUGGAGAGUGAUGUCAUCGCGCAUAAUGACACGUCCUUGCUCUGCGGUGAGAGUGGUAGUUCCCAGGAGCGUGGUUCCGUUGAAUUGACUCUAUUGUAUGACGCGCCUGUACGAAGUAUGACGGUUCAUGUCCUCCAAGGGCGUUCCUUACCUCAGAAAGCUCAAGGGCAGGUUCUACAAAGUCAGGUGCGAAUCGUUUUGUUGCCGCUAAAGAAACAAAAGUAUAAGUCGAAGAUUCGAAAUGGAGAGAACCCACAAUAUAUGGAGAGCUUUGUCUUACACAAAAUAAAUCCAGAGGAUGUACACGGCUUAGGGCUUCGCAUCCGGAUAUAUGGUUGCGAACGCAUGCGAAGACAGAGGUUGCUCGGCGAGGCUAACGUCAGCUUUGCAUCACUUAACUUGGAGCUGGAAAAUAAUUUAUGUCUCCAACUGACCCCCCGACAACAUCACCAACCUAGCUUACAGCUCCCAAAAUUGGAUCUCAAUCACUCUAUCACGGGCGUUCUGGCGAGUCCAUCCUCAAUAACCACGGUGACGACGCCUGGCGCGGCGGGCGGAGAGGCUUGUAGCCUCGCGCGAUCCGAUUCCGCCUCGUCCUGCUGUAGCACGAGAUCUGCUCCUGAACUGCUCCUUGGCUUGCAAUAUAACCCUACCACUGGUCAUUUGACUGUUGAGAUCAUAAAAGGCACACACUUUCGUAAGCUAUCUCCGAACAAAGCCCCGGACACGUAUGUAAAAAUAUGCCUCAUAAGCUCGCUUGGAAUGGAAAUGGGUCGCUGUAAGUCUACGACACGACGCGCUCAGUCCAACCCGCUGUACAAGGAGCUCUUUAUAUUUCAGGUGGCGUUGUUCCAACUGAGCGACGUGACUCUCAUGGUGUCCGUGUGGUGGCGACGCAGCGUGAAGCGCAACGAGAUGGUCGGGUGGUUCUCACUUGGACAUAGCUCGUCGGGCCGCGAGGAGGAGCGGCACUGGCGAGAAUUGUGCGAGCGACAGGGCCAGCAGGUACAACGUUGGCACGUGUUGCUGGAGUCC